CUUUAGGAUUUAUAUGCUAAUAAUUGUCCGGAGGACAGGAUCCAACAAAUUGCUAGCAGCCAAAGCUUUGCACUGUAAAGUGAUUUCUAACAGGCUUCAGAUAUCUGCAGUAACUUGACUAACAAGGCAAACAAUGACUGUAAAAGUCUAUCCCAGCCUUUUGGUAUUAUUCCUGACCAAUACUGUGUGGACUCGGAAUGUGAGACAAGUCUAUGAUGCUAUGAAUCCAGAGGAUUGGUCUCUCUUCACCUUUGAGUGUCCACAAGAAUGCCUCUGUCCUCCCAAUUUCCCCAAUGCUUUAUACUGUGAUAACAAGGGACUUAAAGAAAUACCUGCAAUCCCAGCAAGAAUCUGGUACCUCUAUCUGCAGAACAACCUGAUUGAAACAAUUUCUGAGAAGCCUUUUGUGAAUGCCACUCAUCUGAAAUGGAUAAAUUUAAACAAGAAUAAAAUUACCAGCAAUGGAAUUGAAGAAGGUGUGUUCAGCAAACUGAAGCGUCUGCUUUACUUGUUUCUCGAAGAUAAUGAGUUGGAAGAGGUGCCUGCUCCAUUACCGACAAGCUUAGAGCAACUGAGACUGGCUAGAAACAAAAUCUCUAGGAUCCCUGAAGGGGUCUUUAGCAACUUGGAAAACCUUACGAUGCUAGAUCUGCAUCAUAACAAGCUGUUGGAUAGUGCUCUCCAGAGUGACACCUUCCAGGGGCUCAACAAUCUCAUGCAACUCAACAUAGCGAAAAACUCCCUCAAGAAAAUGCCACUAAGCAUUCCAGCUAAUACAAUGCAGCUGUUUUUAGACAACAACUCUAUUGAGGUGAUCCCAGAGAAUUACUUUAGUGCAAUACCCAAAGUGACUUCCCUUAGACUGAACCACAAUAAAUUAUCUGAUGAUGGCAUCCCCCCAAAUGUGUUUAAUGUUUCAUCUAUUCUAGACCUACAACUGUCCCACAACCAACUCACUAAAAUUCCACUUUUCAAUGCUCAUCUUGAGCAUCUUCAUCUUGAUCACAACAGGAUCAAAAGUGUCAAUGGCACUCUAAUGUGUCCCACCUCUAUUGCCAUAGAAGAUCACAGUUCCUAUGGUAAUAUGCCACAUCUCCGCUACCUCCGCCUGGAUGGAAAUGAAAUUCAGCCUCCUAUUCCACUGGACAUCAUGAUAUGUUUCCGGCUUCUUCAGGCUGUUGUUAUUUGAAGAUAUCUCACGAUCACAUUUGCAUUUUCAGAGUUUAAGAAGCAAGUUUUGCUGGCAUGAAACUUGUUCUAAUUCAUAAGUCAAUCGAUAUUUUUUUCUUUUUACUCUAAAUUCCUACUUGCUACUAUCAUUUUAUAUUUGCAAAUAUUUCUCUUCCUUCAGAAAAGAGGUUCCCAGAUCUAUAUGCAAUGUGUUUUUUUUAAAUUCUUAAUGCAAAUAUACUGCAAAUUAUGUAUUUUUAAUGUUCCUACAGUCCCAGUGCAAGUUCGUCUACUCUUCGCCUAUCUUCUUAAAUUCUACAUUAAGUGUGAGUUCCACUAAGGAACUCUAUUAUAAUGCACAGAUUUAUGAAUUCAGGUACACUUGGCCUGAUAUGUAUUAUAAAAUAAUCAAGUACUAUAGUGCUAUUUGUUAUCAUACCUUACACUUUCCUUUCU